AUGGAGCAAAAAGAGGAGUGGUUCGGCGAGGACUUCGGUCAGAAGAUCGACCUCACGGUCCGAAUCCGAGAGAUCCUCCGAAACUACCCGGAAGGGACUUCGAUCCUGAAAGAACUGGUUCAGAACGCCGACGAUGCGGGCGCCCGGGAGGUGCGCCUGUGUCUCGACCUGCGGCAGCACGGGACGGAAGGGCUUCCCAGCCUGGCCCUCGCUCAGUUUCAGGGCCCCGCGCUGUUGGUGUUCAACGACGGAGUUUUCACGGACACGGACUUCCGGUCCAUCCAGCGGAUUGGAGACUCGCUCAAGAAGGACACCUCCAAGGGCGGAAAAACAGGUCGGUUCGGCAUCGGCUUCAACAGCGUCUACCACCUGACGGAGCUGCCGGCCUUCGUCUCCGCCGGCAAGUGGUGCAGCUUCGACCCCCAGGCAAAGUUCCUGCCCAACGUGAACCCGGCCAACCCAGGGAAGAUGGUCGACUUCAUCAAGUACCCCGAGACUGUCAAGCGAUACCCCGAUCAGGUAUGUAUUCGUGUGAAGCACCAGCGCUGGGGGGGUCGCGCAGCUUGUUGGGGGUAA